UGCCGCAACGCGGACGGAGUGCAGUUCUACAACGAGAUCGAGCUGUACGCCCGUGUGAACUCCAAGGACUCGCAGGAGAAGCGCUCUGACCGCUCCAUCACGUGCUUCGUUAGGAAAUGGAAGGAGAAGGUGGCCUGGCCUCGCAUCACCAAGGAGAACAUCAAGAUGAACAAGAGGCCUUGAACUCCAUCAUGAAGGACCUGGUAGCGCUCCAGAUGGGCCGCCGUCACAGACUGACUGGAUUCGAUACCAUGAAGAGUAAAGACACCGCUCACUCCAACAAGCAGAGAAAACACAAUGCCAGCAGUCCACCCCUCUUGACCAGCCCUGCAAUAACAAACCAAUGUGCCUCUGCAGUAGAUGAAAAAAAAAUUUCGAAUGACGUAAGGAUCAAGUUUGAACAUAAUGGGGAAAGGCGAAUUAUCCCAUUUGCCCGGCCUGUGCGCUAUGAAGAUGUGCAACAGAAAGUGAAAACAGCAUUUGGCCAGCCGCUGGACCUCCACUACAUGAACAACGAGUUAUCUAUUCCUUUGAAGAAUCAAGAUGACCUGGAUAAAGCAAUAGAUCUCUUGGACCGAAGCUCUAAUGUGAAAAGCCUCAGAAUAUUAUUACUGUCUCAGGACAGAAACCAUACCAGUUCCUCAUCCCUUUCUGGACUGCCCAAACAAGUCAGGAUUAAAACUUCCCAAUCCAUCGGGGAUGUGAACACAUCCUAUCAGCAGACAGAACCCAGAAGUAGGCAUCUGUCUGUCAGCUCCCAGAACACAGGCCGAAGUUCACCGCCCCCCGGGUACGUUCCAGAGAGGCAGCAGCGCAUUGCUCGCCAGGGCUCCUACACCAGUAUAAACAGCGAAGGCGAAUUCAUCCCAGAAACCAAUGAACAAUGUAUGCUGGACCCUUUAAGCAGUGCUGAAAACUCUGUGUCAGGAAGCUGUCAGUCUUUGGACAGGUCGGCAGACAGCCCUUCUUUUCGGAAGUCACGGAUGUCCAGAGCACAAAGCUUUCCUGAUAACAGGCAGGAAUUCUCAGAUCGUGAGAAUCAGAUCUACGACAAAGCAGGGAAAGGUGGAACCUACCCGCGGCGCUACAACGUCUCCAUGCAGCACAAAGACUACAAUGAUGGCCGGAGGACAUUUCCCCGAAUACGGCGUCACCAAGGGAAUCUUUUCACCUUGGUGCCUUCAAGUCGUUCCUUAAGCACCAAUGGGGAAAACCUGGGCCUGGCAUUGCAGUACCUGGACCCCCGGGGGCGCCUGCGGAGCGCGGACAGCGAAAAUGCCCUUGCUGUGCAGGAGAGGAACAUUCCCACUAAAUCUCCGAGUGCUCCAAUAAACUGGCGACGAGGAAAACUUCUGGGCCAAGGUGCCUUUGGUCGGGUGUACUUGUGCUAUGAUGUGGACACGGGCAGAGAGCUUGCAGCCAAGCAGGUCCAGUUUGAUCCCGAGAGUCCUGAAACAAGCAAGGAAGUGAGUGCCUUGGAGUGUGAAAUUCAGCUGCUAAAGAAUCUCCAGCACGAGCGUAUCGUUCAGUAUUAUGGCUGCCUACGGGAUCGAGCAGAGAAGACCUUGACCAUCUUCAUGGAGUACAUGCCAGGGGGGUCAGUGAAAGACCAGCUAAAGGCGUAUGGUGCUCUGACGGAAAACGUCACCCGGAAAUAUACUCGCCAGAUUCUCGAGGGAGUCUCGUACCUUCACAGCAACAUGAUUGUGCACAGGGACAUAAAGGGAGCCAAUAUUCUCCGUGACUCUGCUGGGAAUGUGAAGCUUGGGGACUUUGGGGCCAGCAAACGGCUGCAGACAAUCUGUAUGUCUGGAACAGGCAUCCGCUCUGUCACUGGCACCCCAUACUGGAUGAGCCCAGAGGUGAUCAGCGGAGAGGGCUAUGGAAGAAAAGCAGAUGUAUGGAGCCUUGGCUGCACUGUCGUGGAAAUGCUGACAGAGAAACCACCCUGGGCAGAGUACGAAGCCAUGGCAGCGAUUUUCAAGAUCGCCACGCAGCCCACCAACCCCCAGCUCCCCUCUCACAUAUCAGAACAUUGCCGGGACUUCCUAAAGCAGAUCUUUGUGGAAGCCAGGCACAGACCCUCUGCAGAAGAGCUGCUCAGACACCAGUUUGCACAGCUCCAGUACUGAAUUACCUCGCUUGCUAGCAGCUCCUGCUGGGCUUUCCCUGCCCAUCUGGUCUAGUUGCAGCUGCCCAUUGUGGUGCAGCAUCUUCCAAAUGCCAACUCAGCUGUCCUAGUCCUUUGGAGAAAUCAUGCCAAGGAACCUAGGGUCUGCUCUUGUGCCUGAUACCUUUGGUUGCUGGACUAAUGGUUAUUCUACUGACAGCUGUCCCAACAGAGCUGCAUUUUUGCCCUAGCUAUCUUGAUGUGAAAUUGCAGCUGGCUGCAUGUUUUCUGCGAGCCAAAGAAUGGGGAUCGCCAAGUGUCUCACUGGUUGAACGUAGAAGUCUGGAUCCAAGUGGGAUCUGGAGAAACUGCGCUUCAGAGUAGAAAUGUGCAACCACCAUCCAGACUAACCCUCCACAAGUGGCUGCUCGGCGUGGGUCACUGUUUCCCAGACUGCUAGGGAUAUUGAGGCAUCUAAAGUACAAGAAUCUAGCAAAAAGCCAUGUGUCAUUGAGCAUGCACUCGCUAUAUAGUUAUAUAUUUUUCUUAAGUAUUCAGCAUCUGAAAGUGUUCAGAAAAUACUGAUUCAGAAGUAUGUGAAUAGUGUUAUUUUAUAAUGAAAYCAUGGAUUUGGGGAUGGGAGUGAGGGAGGCCUUUGUAGCUAAAUGUCAGGAUAAUCAGGACUAAAUUUCAGCAGAAUGCAAUCACUCCAGGGCCUAAGGAGGCUCCCACUGACAUUUGAAAAUCCAGAGCUGGACUUCCAAGGCUUGACCUCUUCUAGCAUUAGGACAGUGAUGGUUAGUUUGUGUCCUCAUAGCCAAAAAACAUCCUGCUUGGUGUCCCUAGGACUGCUAGGGGUUAAUCUUAUCUCUUCUGGAAGAGAGUUGUGCAGGACAGCUUUCUAUUGCACCUGUCUUUUCAGCUAGUGAAGUCUUACCAUCCCUUAAACCAAAGAUAAUUUAACUGGUGCCCAAGAACUAAAUUUGGGAAAAYCUUAUUUAUUUCCUUUAGUCCAGGCCCUAAAAAAAAAAAAUUAGGAGAAUGGGUUGCCUUUUUUUCCUAGAGGAGAAUUUGCUGGACAGUAGCUUACUUGGGCACAAUUGGAUGGAAUGAAGCUCAGCCCUUCAGUGUGUGCAUUUUAUUUUACAGAUGUGCAAGUGUUCAUUUAACACUUCCRUAAGAUGCUAUGGCUCUGCUUAAUAAGUUUUUGUGCAAAUUAAGUCAAACAGUGAAGCAAAGGUAGGGAGAACUUGUAAUGUGUUUUUUCUAAAAUUAACUAACCAAGAAGAAAGUUGCGGAAAGAAGAAUGUCUCUCCCCAUAGAGAUACCAACAAAAUAUAUGGAAGUCAUUUUGCAUUCUAAGUGUGCCACUUCUCUACUGAUUGAGUUCCUGAUGGCUUCCCAGCCUUGAAUACUGUACGAUGGUGCACAAAUAGGCUUGAUUUCACUGAUAAAGCAGUGCUUUGUAAGCACUGCCAAGACAUGGAUUAAUUUUAAGGUAUCUAUGUGAAAAGAAACUGGGAGAAGCAAACUUCGCCUGGGCCAAAAGGUUGCUUUACAGAGCAGAACUAAAGGUGCUCUGCGCUACUAUUGGCAAAGCUUSAAAACUGCUUUGGUAGUGCAGGAAAAUUAACAGGAGUUAAUUUUAGGUGACUGCUCGUAGCACACUAAGGGAGACUUUAAUGAAACAAAGCUGCUUGAGCACAUGAUAAAUGAUGUGUUGAAUUUAAAGGCAAAAACCAGAGCCCUGGAAGGGCAUAACAAUCUGAAGUGUUUUUUUCUGUGCCAAACUCAGAGCAAUGUAUACACAGUGAAAGCAACUGGUGUUCAACUGGUUUCACUUUGGGGCUCUCCUGCACUACUACAAGGAUGCACUGUUUAGGUUGCAGGCACUUAAAGGAAUUCUCUUUUUUUGCUUUUGGUUUGUUUUUUAAGCCCUUGUUCCAUAAUUUAUUUCAUGCCAGUGAAAGCACUUCCACUGCUCUUUCCCAAGCCUGGAACUUGCUCGCAGAUUGUCACUGUGGCCUGACUUCUGGUCUGUCCUUCAUUGCCACUUGUAGCARAGGGAGGUGAGGGCCUGGCAUUGCUCUGGUCUAGGGAGCGUUUUGCAAUGGUGAAAUCAUUCCUGGGGUCUCGACUAGAAGUAGGCUGGGCAGCACUCUUCAAACCUUGAAACAAGCACCUCAAUAUACCAAAGAUUGCAAUUUUCUCUUCAUUGGAGUUCACCCCGCCGCCGAGCCACAGCAGAGGAGACCAAUGCGUUUGGGGAGAAGAGGGCACAAGGAAACGCUGCAACUCCUAAUGUUUGGAAGCAACUCAGUCCUCAGGAUCUGUCAUGGUUUUUACCUCAUACGUAUCACGAAAGGUUGUUCCAGAGCAGAGCGAAGAGCAUCUGAUGGGCUCAGUCCUUUCCCCACCGGAGCUCCUGGUCCUGUCUGGGAGCUCUCGGAAAAAUCCCACCACCUACGCUGAAAUGUGCCUACUCUGUGUAUACACUUGUAUCCCAGUCUGUAUUAAGGAACGUAAAUAGCAAUUGUACAGUGACAGAGAACAUGGGGUGCCAGCUUGGGCUUCUUGUAUUCCAGUACGUGACCCAAUGCCACCCGUUCGGCACAGGAACAAGCCAAAGCAUUACCUGUAUGUUUGGAGAUGCACUUUUAUGAAUGUAGUUUAUAUCGCUCUUUUUUAGCUCUUUUUACAUCAUGUAAACGGUGAUGCCUCAUACUUUUUUUUUUUUUUAUUUAUAUCGUAAAAGAUCAUAUUUGGUGAUUUUUAUAUAUAUCGACUCGACUGUUACGGGGUGGGGGGGAAUGGGAAAUGAAUUUGACGCCUUUAUGAAUUUAAAAAGGAAAAAAAAGCAGCUGGUUUUGCAGAGAAUUUGCUGAUGGUUUAUAACAAAUAGAGCCAAGCCAAAAUGCAAUCUUUGUUUCCUCACAACCCUCUUUYAAUUGUGGAAAAGGAUGAUCUGGAUUUCCAAGCGCACUGCUGUGGUGAAUUAACUURGAGUCUACGUUUAUACCAAGUUUAGCCAGUCUCCUGACAUGGCUCUGGCUGCAAAGAAGUCUGAAAUGGGCAUAAAUGUAAUUAUAUCCUUAAAUUGAAUUACAUCUGGCCUCUUUAUCCUGGCAGAACUGGCUAAAAACAUGGGAAUUAAUCAUUUGGCGUAGCAGAGGAGUGCCAGSCUGAGAAUAACCUCUUGUGUCCCCCCAAAUGUCAUUUUAUGCUUUCAGCUGUUCCGUCCAGGGAGGGAGAUGCUGUGAAUAUUGCGUAUGGAGAUCCUCAGUGGAAAACACUGUGGAAGUGCAGAAUAUUCUGUCUCGGAGCGAUAAAAAAAAGAGAAAAAAAUAGCUGGCCGUUAUCCUGAAACAGUCGUGACUCUGAGCUGAGCAGGGAAACAUCUGAAAUUCCCUUUGAAAAGGAGCUGGAGAGAAUUAGGGAUUCCACUGUCACCAGGUUUGUUAGGAAGCAAACCGUGCAUUGCAUUUUGGCUUGGUAUGACGAUUCUGGGCAUUCCAGGUUAUCCGUUUGUUCUCCAGGAAAUCUGAUCUUUGCCUGUUGUAGUUACUGUAACUUGCAGCAGUUUAUCUUUGCUUUCCCUCCCCCAACACACACACAUUUUGAGGGGAUAGUAUUCCAAAGGACUCAGACAGGCUGCAAACAGCUCCCUUUGCCAUUAGUUAACAAAACAAAUUGACUCAGAGGGAAAUUGGUACCUGCUCAGGUGACA